GUCAGCUGACCCAGGAAUGCACAAGUUACCAAACAUUGUAAUAGGUGGCUCAUGGCGAGACAUUGACAGAAAGACGCAUCCACAAAUAACUACAAUAGCUUUACUUAAUUUUGUAUGCAGUCACCAGGAUACAUCUAUGAAUGGAUCCUACUCCUACGGCACCGGUAGCAUUGCAAAACGAUUGCGAGACAGAGUCAAGUUCUAUUUGGAGCUGGUGGCCUUCGUGGCGUCCAACAUCCAUGUCUCUAUUGAAGGCUACAGAGAGCAAGAUUCUUAGUUGUAUGGUCACACACCUCCUGACACAUCAUAUCAAUAUUUUGUUUCUUCUCGUACAGUAUGAAAGUUUGAGCAUCGCAUUAAACCUGCAGAGAGACGGAGAGAGAGAGAGAGAUGGAAAAUGUGUGGUUGCUGGAGGAAAACUAGUCUGUAUUCAAAAUAAUCUAUGGGCCAGGUUUGUGACCCUUCCAACUCAAGAUCGAAUAUGGACUCUGACCCUUACCAACAAAGUGGUUCCAAAGCCUGUAGAGCAAGAUUCCAAAAUGCCGCUGGUGAUGGUCCAUGGCUUUGGAGGAGGGGUCGGCCUAUGGAUUCGGAAUCUGGACGCACUGUGCCGGUCACGGCCUGUUUAUGCCUUCGACCUCCUUGGCUUUGGCAGGAGCUCCAGGCCAUCAUUCACUUCCGAUGCUUCCAAAGCAGAGGAGCAAUUUGUCAACUCCAUAGAGCAGUGGAGAGAAUCUGUUGGUGUGGAGAAGAUGAUUCUGUUGGGCCACAGCCUGGGCGGGUACCUGGCUACAUCCUAUGCCAUCCAAUACCCUUCAAGAGUGUCUCAUCUUAUCCUGGUUGAUCCAUGGGGUUUCCCUGAGAGACCGCAGAUCCAGGAGAACCAAAGUCAGGCCACAGAAUUGGUCAAAAGGCCAUCCCCACCUAACUGGGUGAAAGCUAUUCUUUCCGUAGUUUCCCUCUUCAAUCCUCUGGCUGUCAUCAGAGCAGCAGGUCCAUGGGGUCCAGGAUUGGUGAACCGAUUUCGUCCUGAUUUCAGAAGAAAAUUUGAAGAUCUGUUUGAUGAUGACACCAUGACACAGUAUAUCUACCACUGUAAUGCACAACCGCCGAGUGGCGAGGUGGGUUUCCGGGCCAUGGCUGAGUCUUUGGGUUGGGCAAAGAGACCCAUGCUGCAGCGAGUCCAUCUGUUACCCAGCUCCAUGCCGCUUACCAUGCUUUAUGGCGCCCAAUCGUGGGUUGAUAGUUCCUCUGGGGACAAAGUGGUCCAGGUUAGGGGACCUGCUCACACUAAAGUGCUGAUGAUAAAUGAUGCCUCUCACCACGUUUAUGCCGACCAACCGGAGAAGUUCAACAAAGUGGUGGAAAAUAUAUGCAACUCUGUUAACUGAAUAGAGCUUGUGUGUAGUACUAAUAUUGUCUGUGUACUGUAUGCUGUGUAUAUAUAUAAAGCCAAGUUCAGAGGGUUUCUGUAUCUUAUAUACGUAAGUAGGAAUGUUGUUUCGUCCUGUCCUUGUGUCAUUGAUUUCAUCAUAAUAUAAAAAGUCUGUUUCUAUACUAAUGUCUUUUUAUCUAUUACCAUCUUCUCUAUUAAAAUCUAAACAUAUUUUGGUUCUCAGUGUGAAUGAAUAAGCAACCAAUUAUUUGUUUUUCAUUCGCUAGAUUUAAGCAGCAUUUGACUUGGGUGGUUUAUUACAGCUAUGUUUUGCAUUUUGACCAUGUAAAAAGCAUAUACUUAUUUUUCUUUUCUUUUUUUUCCCAUUUGAUCUCUUGUUUGAUUUCACUCAUAACUGAAUUUUCUACUUUGAAAACAAUAAAUGGUUUUACUCCUUUGAGGUACUGUA